GUUAAAAUGUUGGGAGGAUCACUGCUUCUCUUCAUCAUUUGCUUUCUUGGGAUUGUUUCAUUUCCCGUUGAAGCUGCAUUGAAGAAGUAUCAAUUCGACGUUCAAGUGAAGAAUGUAAGCAGGCUGUGCCAUGCCAAACCAAUUGUUACGGUAAAUGGCAUGUUUCCGGGGCCUACAAUUUAUGCUAGAGAAGGCGAUCGAGUUGUUAUCAAUGUCACAAACCACGCCCAAUAUAACAUAUCCAUUCAUUGGCAUGGCUUGAAACAGAACCGAAAUGGGUGGGCAGAUGGACCAGCUUAUAUAACGCAAUGCCCCAUCAAGACAGGCCACAGCUACAGCUACGACUUCAAUGUUACUGGUCAGCGAGGAACGUUAUGGUGGCACGCCCAUAUUCUGUGGCUCAGAGCAACAGUUUAUGGCGCCCUUGUCAUAAUGCCCAAAGAGGAAACUCCAUUUCCCUUUCCUCAACCUUAUUCGGAGACUAAUGUGGUCUUAGGAGAAUGGUGGAAUUCGGAUGUUGAGGUGCUCGUUAACCAAGCUAAUAAGCUGGGUUUGCCGCCGCAGAUGUCUGAUGCUCAUACUAUUAAUGGGAAACCGGGGCCUCUCUUCCCAUGUUCAGAGAAACAUACAUUUGCUAUGGAGGUGGAUUUUGGAAAAACCUAUCUCCUAAGGAUUGUCAAUGCUGCACUCAACGAUGAGCUCUUCUUUGCCAUUGCUGGUCAUAAUAUGACUGUUGUGGAGGUCGAUGCGGUCUACGCGAAGCCAUUUACAACUCAGGCUAUUCUAAUUGCCCCUGGACAGACCACAAACGUUCUUGUAAAAGCUGAUCAAUCUCCGAGCCGAUACUUCAUGGCAACAAGGGCAUUCAUGGAUGCGCCCAUACCUGUGGACAACAAGACUGCGACGGCAAUUCUGCAAUACAAAGGCAUCCCUAACUCAGUUCUCCCAGUGUUGCCUCAGUUACCGGCUCCUAAUGAUACUGGGUUUGCACUCAACUAUAAUAAAAGGCUUAAGAGUUUGAACUCUCCACAAUAUCCUGCAAAUGUUCCCCUUAAAGUCGAUCGACAUCUUCUGUAUACCAUUGGUUUAGGACAAAACCUAUGUUCUACGUGCCAAAAUGGAACCCAGCUUACAGCCUCAUUGAACAACAUAACUUUUGUGAUGCCCAGGAUUGGGCUGCUGCAGGCUCACUACCACAAUAUCAAGGGGGUUUUCCGAACUGAUUUUCCGGACCGCCCUCCAGUUCCAUUCAACUACACGGGUGCACCGCUUACUGCUAACCUAGGGACGUCCCUGGCAACGAGGCUGAGUAAGGUAGCAUUCAAUUCCACCAUUGAGUUGGUGUUGCAGGAUACUAAUCUUCUAACAGUUGAAUCACACCCGUUCCACCUCCAUGGUUACAAUUUCUUUGUGGUUGGAACUGGGAUUGGAAAUUUUGAUGCUGCCAAAGACCCUGCAACCUUUAACUUGGUGGAUCCUCCAGAGAGGAAUACAGUCGGAGUUCCCACCGGAGGCUGGUCUGCUAUCAGGUUUAGAGCUGAUAAUCCAGGUGUAUGGUUUAUGCACUGCCAUCUGGAGCUACACACGAUGUGGGGAUUAAAGAUGGCUUUUGUUGUAGAGAAUGGAAAGUCACCGGAAGAAUCCAUUCUACCGCCACCGAAGGACCUUCCGCCUUGCUAGAUGCUGUGAAACAAGGAACUUGUUUAUUCGUUUCUGAGACUGUCGAGGUACAUGUAAAAAUGAAACUUGAUGAACUGUAAUUCUUGUGCUUCGUUCAAAAUAUUUGGACAUGAGACUCGUUAAA